AUGGCGGGGCUCCUCAUGCCGAAAGGCGUCAUUCCUAUUUGGUUUUCCACUGCUUUUCCACUGCUUUUCUUGUGUCUCUUUGCCCACCGACCAUUCGAUGGUAUAAUUCGGAAUGUUGAGAAGAUUAGAAUACUUUCACCUGACCUUCUCACACGGGUCAUUGAGGCUGAAUCUAUGUUUCGCAUCUUUCUCGUAUCACCAAAUCACCAACGCAUUCGGGCUGGAAGAAAGAGUGUGCCAUCGGUCGCUUUGACGCGUGAGGAUGAUGAAAGAUUGUGGCGAGGAUGGAAUCAAAAAUGUGUCUUGCGAAAGGAGUCACAACAUACACCAUGUCCUUCAUUCAGCACCUUGAGCUUUGGCAGGGCGACAGUAGAUGAAUCUGGUAAUGGUUGGCUUGGAUUAACGAUGUACUUUUGGCACUUGGCGCGACGAUCCAACAUCAUCCAUGUACUUGAAUUGUUUUCAAAGCAAACUUUUGAGUUUGAGGGCUUUUUUUUUCUUCACGAUGGUUUGUUUCUAAACUGGGAUCCAUUCCAGAAAAUGCCAAUCAUGAACAAUAUCUCGGGUUUGGAAACUCAAAUUCGGAAUUGA